AUGGCACAAACAACCAACGAUGUCGAACCAUCGGUCCUUAUUAUUGGCGCCGGUACAUUUGGCACAUCGACUGCUCUCCAUCUCAGCAAAACAUACCGCGACCCAUCCCGGAUAACAAUCGUUGACCGUUGGGCACCUGACGAUUCCCAUGACAAAAGAGUCGCAGCCGCAAUUGAUAGUAGUCGUAUCAUCCACACACAUUAUGCAAAUGAAGCAUAUCGAAAAACGGUGCAAGAAGUGAUGCAUACGUGGAGUUGGACGAUGGGGUAUCUGGGGCAUUUCCAACAGACUGGACUGGUCGUAUACGACGAUCGCAACACAGAUAAGAAAUGUGAGAACCCAGAGGAGUGGUGGGGCGUGGGAGUGAGGGGGUUAGAGGAGCUUGGGUUGGAGACGAGGGGGAAACAAGGUGAAUACGACUCCAAGGCGGGGUGGGUCGAUGCAGCGAGUGCGACAGCGAGUUUCAUGCGUUUUGCCGAGAGCAGAGGUGUUCGUCGUGUCACGGGAGAGGCAGAAGAGCUCGUUCUCAACGCAGAGAGAUGUAAUAUUGAGGGUGUACGAUUGAUCACUGGCGAAGUGCUGAAGGCGGAUAAGAUCGUGCUGGCGGCAGGUGCAUGGACGACUGUGCUUCUUGCACCAGUCGAACACGUCUUGCAAACCCAGGAAGUGGGUAGCAUUGCCCAACAGAUUACCGCAGUGGGCCGUAUCUCAGCAUACUACCACCUCAGCGAAGAAGCAACACGGAAGCUAGUCGAUGCCAAAACGCCCAUCGUCGUCAUACCAGGAGUCGUCGAGAUCAUUCCACCAAGCUUGCAAAAUCGCACACUGAAAAUCAACGAUUUGAGAACAGAAGUUGUCAACACUAUCACCACAUCCUCUGGGCGGAAGAUCUCAGUUCCAUCUGCGAGGAAACAAUACGAGGUACCCGAAGAUUUGCAAAGAAAGAGCGAGUAUGUGAUAAGAACCGCAUUGCCAGGUUUCCUGCACGACAGGCGACCAGAUCGCUGGCGAAUGUGCCAUGAUGCUGUUACACCAACAGGAGAUUGGAUCAUGUGUCAAUAUCCAGAUAAGAGAGUGGGAAACCUAUAUGUCGCAGUCGGCGGGAGUUUCCAUUCAUAUAAAUUCCUGCCGAUCGCGGGCAAAUACGUGGUCAAUAUCUUGGAUGGAGCGAGUAAUGGCGCCGAGAAGGAUGAGUCGUGGGGAUGGAAGUCGGCGGAGUGCAUAGCAAAGGAGAGGAGAGAAGUGAGGGAAUUUGAGGGAGGCAAGCAAGUCGAAAGGAAGAGUAGGCUGUGAUGUGUUGACUAUACGAAGCCAGAAAUAUGUAUCGAUCGAGGGACAGGUCCGUCACAUUCUUACACAGAAGACUCGAAGACCGCAUGGACAGGACGUAAAGGCGAGAUAACAAAGUGAAUAUUGCCGAAUGUACCCAUCUAUAUAUAGAUUGAGGACCUGGACUCAGUUCUGAUAGUAACCAUACCUUAUGUUUUAGUCACGAACUAUGUUGUUACCUAGAUCAUUAUCUG